GCUACAGCCACACACUGACCACAGUCAGUCAGCGAACCGCAGGUGUGCGUUUACAGUACCGCAUGUUCCCAGCCCACCUCCCCGGACUUUAAUCGUGAUCUUUCUUUUAGUGUUUAUAGCAUUUUUUUUACCAUGUUGUGGACGGCGAACACGAUCAUGAGGAAAUUCUCCUCGAGCUCUGCUUACUACCAAAAUAAGCUGAAGUUGGCCCUGAUUGGCCAGAGCUUGUUUGGACAGGAAGUGUACACAAACCUCCGCAAGCAGGGCCAUAAAGUGGUGGGCGUAUUCACAGUUCCUGAUAAGGACGGCAAGGCGGACCCCCUGGCGGCGGUGGCGGAGAAGGACGGGACGCCGGUGUUUAAGUUCCCACGGUGGCGGGUGAAGGGUAAACCCAUCCCAGAGGUGGUGGAGGCGUACAAAGCUGUGGGCGCCGAGCUGAACGUCAUGCCCUUCUGCUCCCAGUUCAUUCCUAUGAAUGUGAUCGACUUCCCCAAACAUGGAUCCAUCAUUUACCACCCCUCCAUCCUGCCCAGACACAGAGGAGCCUCAGCCAUCAACUGGACACUAAUCGAGGGUGAUAAGAAAGCAGGAUUUAGUAUAUUCUGGGCUGAUGAUGGUUUGGACACUGGCCCCGUCCUACUGCAGAAGGAAUGUCCAGUAGAGCCCAACGAUACAGUGGAUACACUUUAUAACCGCUUCCUGUUUCCAGAAGGCAUCAAGGCCAUGGUAGAAGCUGUACAGCUCAUUGCAGAUGGCAAAGCUCCCAAGAUCCCUCAGUCUGAAGAAGGAGCCAGCUAUGAAGGAAUCCAAAAGAAAUCCAAUGCUAAGGUGAAUAUGGCUCAGCCGGCAGAGGCCAUCCAUAACUGGAUCCGUGGUCAUGAUAAAGUUCCGGGUGCCUGGGUUGUCAUUGAUGGAAAGCCGGUAACGCUGUACAGCUCAUCGAUGCUGAGCGGGUCGUUGCCUGCAGGUCAGCCAAUAGAGGUGGAGGGGGCGUCUCAGCCUGGGCUCAUUGCCAAAUCUGGGAUUGUUCUUUUCGGGUCUGAUGGAAAAGCGCUUCAGGUGAAGAACCUGCAGUUUGAGGAUGGAAAGAUGAUUCCUGCAUCCAAAUACUUCUCAUCAGAGGAGACCGCCAGUUUGGAUCUCACAGACGAUGAGAAGGAAAUGGCAGAGGAGAUCAGGGCGAUAUGGAAGGGUAUUCUGAGUAAUGUUCCAGGUAUUGACGAAACUACCGAUUUCUUUAAGUCUGGAGCUGCUUCUAUGGAUGUAGUCAGAUUGGUGGAGGAGGUGAAGCAGAAAUGCGGAGGAGUGCAGCUUCAGAAUGAGGACGUCUACAUGGCCACCACCUUCCAGAGUUUCAUCCAGAUGUUCGUCCGACGCCUGCGUGGAGAAGACCAGGAGGAGGAGCUGGUCAUCGAUUAUGCAGCAAAAGAUGUCAAUAACAUGACUGUGAAAAUGCCCUAUCAGUGUUUCAUUAAUGGCAAUUUUGAAAACGCAGAAGAUGGAAAGACAUACAACACGGUGAACCCCACUGACGGCUCGGUGAUCUGCAAGGUGUCAUAUGCGUCAGUGGCAGAUGUGGACAGAGCGGUUAGUGCAGCCAAAGAGGCCUUUUAUAACGGACCCUGGGGUAAAAUGAACCCCCGUGACCGCGGCCGGCUACUCUACCGUGUGGCUGACCUGAUGGAGGAACACCAGGAGGAGUUGGCCACUAUUGAAGCGAUUGACUCGGGUGCCGUUUAUACCCUGGCCUUGAAAACACACGUAGGCAUGUCCAUUCAGACCUUCAGAUACUUUGCUGGCUGGUGUGACAAGAUCCAGGGCUCAACGAUACCCAUCAAUCAGGCCAGACCCAAUCGCAACCUCACCUUUACAAAGAAAGAGCCUCUGGGUGUGUGUGCCAUAGUGAUUCCCUGGAACUACCCACUUAUGAUGUUGGCGUGGAAGAGUGCAGCCUGUCUGGCGGCGGGAAACACACUUGUCUUAAAACCUGCUCAGGUAACCCCACUAACUGCACUGAAGUUUGCUGAGUUGACAGUCAAAGCUGGCAUUCCGAAAGGAGUUAUCAACAUUGUUCCAGGAUCAGGUGGUCUGGUCGGGCAGAGGAUGUCCGAUCAUCCUGAUAUCCGUAAGCUCGGUUUCACAGGCUCUACACCCAUUGGCAAACAGAUCAUGAAAAGCUGUGCGGUCAGUAAUUUGAAGAAGGUGUCUCUGGAGCUGGGUGGUAAAUCUCCCCUCAUCAUCUUCAGUGACUGCGAUAUGGACAAAGCAGUGAGAAUGGGGAUGAGUUCUGUUUACUUCAACAAAGGAGAGAACUGUAUCGCUGCGGGCCGGCUGUUUGUUGAAGAGUCCAUCCAUGACGAGUACAUCAGGAGAGUGAUCGAGGAAAUCAAGAAGAUGAAGAUCGGAGAUCCUUUGGACCGCUCCACAGAUCACGGACCUCAGAACCACAAGGCCCACCUGGACAAGCUGGUGGAGUACUGUGAGAUCGGCGUGAAGGAGGGAGCCACACUCGUCUGCGGUGGGAGACAGGUGGACAGGCCAGGUUUUUUUAUGGAGCCCACAGUCUUCACAGACGUAGAGGACCACAUGUUCAUCGCCAAAGAGGAAUCAUUUGGCCCUGUUAUGGUGGUAUCCAAAUUCAAAGAUGGUGAUGUAGAUGGAGUUCUGAGCAGAGCAAAUGACACCGAGUUCGGUCUGGCCUCUGGAGUCUUCACGCGUGACAUCAACAAGGCCAUGUACGUGAGCGAGAGACUGGAGGCGGGAACCGUGUUCGUCAACACCUACAACAAGACCGACGUGGCGGCUCCCUUUGGAGGCUUCAAACAGUCCGGGUUUGGGAAAGACCUUGGUGAGGAAGCCCUGCACGAGUACCUGCGGACUAAAGCUGUGACGGUGGAGUAUUGAAGGAAACCUGGGACGGUAAAAAGACUGCAUGGCCCGUGACUGCAGCCCGAAGUGUUUCGCUUUGGCUUGAAGCAGGUUUGAUAGGAAAUCCAGAGCAUAUCCUGCCGUGACUACACUGAUGUGCCUACAUUUUACAUCACUCUUUUUUUCUGGGAAUGUUUGGAGCGGGACAAAUGCUGGCUUGCCAGUCUACACUGGCGAACAACAUUUUUAAAAAUGGAAAGACAAAAGAC